AUGCGUAAGAUGGACCUUUUCUGUGUAGGAGAUGCUGUCCUGUCAGACUGUGGUAUAACAGGAGAAGGAUAUACUGCUCUGGCCUCAGCUCUCCAAUACAAUCUGUCACAGCUGGAGGAGCUGGACAUGAGGGGAAAUUGCCCUGGAGACUCUGGAGUGGAGUGCCUCAUUUCAGCUCUGAAAAAACAGAAAUGCAAACUGAGGUUUUUGAAGAGUGAUGAAGCACAGAAAGCCCAUGAUUAUCUUCAUGAACUCCUGGGUGGAAACCCCUUACUCCUGACAGAGCUGGACCUGACUGAGGAAAAACCAGGAGACUCAGGAGUAAAACAGUUCUGUGCUCUACUGAGGGAUUCACACUGCAGAUUCAAGAAACUUGUGCUUUCAUACUCUAACAUAACAGAGGAAGGAUAUCGUGCUCUGGCGGCAGCUCUCAAAUCAAACCCUGCUCUCCUGGAGGAACUGGACCUGAGAGGAAAUGACCCUGGAGACUCUGGAGUAAAGCUUCUCACUUCAGCACUGAAAAAUCAGAAAUGCAAACUGAGGUUUUUGAAGAGUGACGCUGCAGAGAAUGCAUCUGUGUAUCUGGAGAAGCUUCUAGGUGAAAACCCACUUCUUCUCACAGAGCUGAACCUGCAUUCAAAGAAACUAGGAGACCUGGGAGUUAAGCAGUUCUGUGCUCUACUGGAGGAUUCACACUGCAGAUUCAAAAAACUUCAGUUCCUGAAGAGUGAUGCAACAGAGCAAGCCUUUGAGUAUCUGAAUGGACUUCUGGGUGAAAACCCCUUACUCCUCACUGAGGUGGACCUGAGUGAGAAGAAACCAGGAGACGUGGGAGUGAAACAGUUUUGUGCUCUACUGGGGGAUUCACACUGCAGACUCAAGAAACUCAAGUUCCUGAAGUGUGAUGCAGCAGAGCAAGCCUUUGAGUAUCUGAACACACUUCUGGGCAAAAACCCCUUACUCCUCACUGAGCUGGACCUGAGUGAGAAGAAACCAGGAGACUUGGGAGUAAGACAGUUCUGUGCUCUACUAGGAGAUUCACAUUGCAGACUCAAGAAACUCAGGUUGUUAAAGACUGAUGCAGCAGACAAGGCCUUUGAGUAUCUGACUACUGUCCUGGGAAGAAACCCUUUACACCUGGCAGAGUUGGAUCUGAGUGAGAAAAUACCUGGGGAUCAAGGAGUAGAGCAGUUCUGUGCUAUACUGGAGGAGUCAUACUGCAGAUUCAAGACACUUAAGUUUUUGAACAGUGAUGCAGCAGAAGAAGCCUGUGUGUAUCUGACUCGACAUUUAGAUAAAAAACCCUUAUUCCUGACAGAGUUGAACUUGAGUGAACGGAAACUGGGAGACUCUGUGGUGAAGCAUAUCUGUGCUCUACUGAAAGAUCCACACUGCAGAUUCAAGAAAAUCAAGUUAGUGACGUGA